AUGAAUUCUGUGGAACAAAAUUUACUACACGUUACGAAGGCAAUCGAGAAACAAGUGGACACGGUUAUUGAGCAAAUCGAGAACCUCGACACGACAGAUUUGGAACAAAUAAGAAAAAAUAGAGUGAAAGAAUUAAAGAAGUACGAAGAACAGAAGAGAAUAUGGUUGCAAAACGAUCACGGUAAAUACGAAGAGUUGCCCGAAGAGAAAUGUUUCUUCGAUGUGAUCAAGAAAUCCGACAAUGUCGUGUUACAUUUCUACAGGGAUGCGACCCCCAGGUGUGCCAUUGUGGACAUGCACUUGAAGAUUCUCGCUCCCAGACAUAUAGAGACAAAAUUUACAAAAUUGAAUGCCGAGAAAUGUCCGUUUUUAGUCGAAAAACUAAAAAUCAAAGUCCUUCCUUCCAUCGUUUUGAUACAAAACGGUAUAAUGAUCGACAAAAUCAUCGGCUUCACUCAACUAGGCAACACCGAUGAUUUUACUACGGAACUUCUUGAAUGGAGAAUCGCACAAAACAGUAUUAUUAAAUACGACGGUGACCUAUCGACGCCUCCAGAUCAGCAAAGAAAUAAGAAAGGCUCGAAGAAAAUUAGAAGCCGUGAUGAUGACGAUUUAGAUAUCGAAGAGUAUGGUAUUCUAGCUGAGUCUGCAAAAUCAGAAGCCAAUAUAAGAAAUGAUGUUCCGGAAUUGACCCCCGAAGAAGCAGCCGAACUGGGCCUUUGA